UGCCGACAUGCAUCUCCCAUCGUCACCACUACCCUCCCUUGUCCAGCAGCAAGUCGAGAAUGUCCAGAGCGGCCAGCUUGUUGAGCCCCAGGUUGUACUCGCCGCAGCCCGAUAUCUGUAUACAGCUGGGGCACCCACUCUUGAGCCGCUCCCGCUCCUUCUCGGCCUUGCUGCGCUUCUUCUUGGUCGCCCUGAUCCCACCACCACCGCCACCACCACCACCACCACCCACAGGCGGCUUCACAUCGCCCGCUGAUGGCGCACGUGGACCUGGAUGUGCCGCCCCCUCCCCUCCCUCCUCGUGCUUGAUGGCCGGGCCAUCCAUCGCUGGUGGUGCGGCGGCCGGCCCCUCCUGUUCUUGCUUGACUUGAGGGCCGUCAGACGUCUCCAUCGGCACUGAUGCUGACGGCUGGUCGGUGGGGAGGGUGGUUGCCCCACAGGAGCAGCUGGCGAUGACGUGUCGUGCGGCGUAGAGGAGGACUUCCAGCCGCUCCGCCACCCGCUGCACCAGGCCGAGACCGCCCCGCUUGGUCUCGUAGAUGAGCAGAAGGUGCCUGUUGGCGUCAGAGUCGCGCCGGGUGUGCUGACAUGACAGGUCGCCGGGGUCUGACGGACAGCACAUGAACGACACUCGGAUGAGUAUGAGAUGGGGAUGGGGUCUGUCUGUGUGUCUGUGUGUCUGUGUGCUUACCGCACAUGACGACGAGAGGCGCUAGGGCCAGCACGGUGUGCUCGAUGGAAUGCUGAUGCACGCACACACCAGGAAGGGCCAUCACAUCAGACAGGUGGGCAUGCAGGCAUUGUUGUUGCGGCUCACCAGUCCUCCCCGGUCGUAUUGGUGCUGGUGCUUCUCGCCGCCAUGAGCACCAAUCACCUCCUCGCGAACCUUUUGCACGCACAGCAGCCAUCGAACCGACGGCAGGAUUGAGUCCAUGUUGCUCUCUGUGCCUCUAUUCAAUGUAUGGUGUGUUAUAUCCGUACCUCAUUGGGUAUGCGCAGCCACACUGCAUAGGUGGAGAACUCGAGGGGCGGCAGCGUGCAGUCGAUGACGUCCCUGACCUCACAGGUCUUCUUGUCACGCUUGCGAUAACCGUGCAGACGACGCGCAACCGUCACGGGGCUGAACCAGACGUCCAUCCAUCCAUCAACGCACCCAAGGCGCGUGUUUGUCUAUCAUCCGACCCACCCAGUCCAUAUUUCAGCCACCAGGCCGUUCUUGAGUGUGAGCACCCGUUGCCGCACGGCCGUGUGAGUGUCUGAUGGGCUGCUGGUGAAGUCGAAGGGCAGGGUGUGGUGCUGUGGGAUGGGAAUGGGCAGAGGGAGGCUCUUGACGUGUGUCUGGCCCAGCAGAGUCACCAGAGUGUGGUCGCGGGUCUCGGUGUAGAAGUCGACUGAUGGACGAAAGGAGGGACAACGGCUCACAUGUGUGUGGUCGAUGCAUUCUCUCUCUGUGUGUGUGGUCGCGCACCUUCUCCCUUUUGCACGAGAGCCAUCUUCUGGGAGAUAUCGAGCUCUAUCACGAUGUAGGUCUGCCCCUGAUGACAGAUCGACGGUGAAGCGUUUCUCUCAUCCGUCUAUCCAUCCAUCCAUCCACCCGCACUCACCUGGUGCAUGUAUACGGCCCCUUUGUAGACUUUGAAGUAGGCAAUCCACGCCUCGUACGUCUCCAGCAGCUGACCUGCACAACCAGUGAGCCAACACGCACACACACACAGUAUGCACCUCUCGCCGUGUUAAGUUGGCUCCGCCACUGUGUCUGUCCGUCUGUCCGUCUGUCCGUCUGUCUGUCUGUCUGCCUGUCUGCGCACCUGUGGCCUUUUCUAUGACGCUGAACUUCUCAUUGUCGAUGCUCCGCAGAUUCACACCACGGGAGGGAUUCUCAACACCUGCACUCGCACACAUGCACAUUGAAUAUUCCCUGGCCACGUUUGUUUACCGAUGAACUGCACGGUGCCGCUGAUCGUCUCGACAGUGUCGGCCGUCAUGUCCUCAGUGGGCAUCCAGAAAGGCCGCAACGAGCCCUCCUUCAUCCCACCCUCAGGCUCGAACUUGAGCAGACCUGCCGUCUUGCAGCACGUUGUGCCCGUCAGGCGCGCCGCACGGCGACCAAAGAUGCGCCACAGCUCACUGCUCGCCUUCUCGUCUGUGGCGGCGGCAGCGGGUGGGUUGUUGCUGUCGUCCUCUUCGGUUUUGGUUGUGUGGAGCAUCAUGUCGUGUGUGGAGGCUUGGAUGGGCAGCUCCGACGCAGCGCAGUUGAGAUGAGCCUCCAACAGCACCUGCACACAGACAGGCAGGCACACAGGGGGGAAGCACCCACAGUACGAGUCUGCCUGCCUGUCUGUGUUUUGUGUUACGUACGGGGUUUGUAGGGUCGAUGAUGGCCUUCUCAAGAGGACGGCCGAACAAUGACUGAGGCGACACCAUGAAGUGCUGGUCCAGCGGCGAGUCGAGAGCAAUCAGUAUGGCCAACGAAGGGCGACCGGUGCGGCCGGCACGGCCAGCCUGACGAUCACAACGGAAAAGAAAAGACGGGACAUGUUCGGCCGUGGAGAGCGUGUCUUUGUUGUGAGAUGGUGUGUACUGUCCCUACCUGCUGCCAGAGUGAGCAGAGCGUCCCGGGGUAGCCCACAUGAAUUGACGCGUCCAGGUGGCCGAUGUCCACACCCAACUCCAACGCAUUCGUCGUCACGACCCCUGCGCAGCAAGACAACGGCAGGCACGAUGAUGGACGGGGCAAGAGACUAACAUGUCGGCGCUUGUGUGGCUUCUCACCUCUGAGUGUCCCGUCGUGAAGGAGCUUCUCGAGCCGUCGCCGCUCGGCAGGAACAUAGCCACCCUUGUACGACGCCACCUGCACACAGAUACACAUACGUACACAAUCUUGAAAUCAGGUGUCCGGCCUUUGAGAUGGUGUCUUUGAGUCAGGUUACCUUGUCUUUGAGUUCUUCCUCGAGCCGCUCUCUGCAGCGAUUGAGAAUGAGGUCGGCCACCGUCCGCACCUUGACGAACGCGAUGGUGCGGAUGUUGUGCUGCACCAAGUACGCCAACAACACCGCUGCCUCCGUGUAGGGGCUCUCCCUGGAACAAACACAGACACACACGCUCACAUGGCUGGCUGUUGUCUGUCUGUGUGCGGUGUGUGUGCAUGUCCGACCUCUUCCGUGGCCCCCUGGGUGUGCUCUUAACGUAGUUCUCUCCCAGCAGUGCAUUGAGCCCUCGCCCCCUUCUCCGCUUCACACCCCUCUGCUCCUGCUUGUCCACAGCCCGGCUGCUGGCACGCGCCUUGCCCUUCGCCGCCACCUUGUGCUUCGCCUUCGGCUUGGCGGCCUUGGGCUUGGCCUUGGGGUUGGCGAACUGGUCAAUCUUGGCAAUGUCGCUGUCAUACCCACUGCUGCUGCUGCUGCUGCUACUGCUGCUCUCAUCGCCGCGGCCUUUGUUCUCUCUGCCGGGUCUCUUCUUGCCGGCCGUCCGCUGCGUGGUGUGGAAGUCGUCGUAGGUGCCCUCGAACUUGGCGUCCUCUUCCUGCUCCUUGCCGGUUGCUACUGCUGCUGCUGCUGCAGCAGGAGGUUUGCCCUCGUCCUCGUCGCUGCUGCUGUCUUCCAGCUCUAGCCGCUCGAGGAUCGGAGGAUUCCACAAGGCGAAGUCCUUGGCACCCCUUGGCGCACCGUCCUCGUCGAUCACGCGGAUGGACGACUCGGGCAGACCUGACAAGGGAUGAGAUAUGUGAGGUCCGCGGAUGUAUGUGUGAUGCGACGCAUUUCUGUGCUUUACCUGUGAGGUUUUGUGUGUGUUCGAGUGGGUUGGCGAUGGUGGCGGAGCAGAGGACGAACAGCGGGGUGGCACAGUAGUGCGCACACACGCGGCGGAGGCGACGGACCACAAGGGCAACGUGAGAGCCGAACGCACCCCUUGACACACACAGACACAGACAGACAAGACAGACAGACAGACAGGUGCAUCCACCCACACUGUGUGUGACCCACCACCCACCCACCCACCUGUAUGUGUGUGCCUCAUCCAGGACGAUGAGUUUCAGGUUCUGGAGCACCUUGCCCCAGCCCUCCUUCCUGUGCAACGGCAGCACAGAUGCGUGGAUCAUAUCGGGGUUGGUCAGGAACACGUUGCCCUCCGCACGGAUGAUCGGCCGGUCCGGACGGGGCGUGUCGCCGUCGUAACACGCUAUCUUCAAUCCGUUGCACGCCACCUUCGAGAACCGACGGAGACCCGCCAGCUGGUCUGAGGACACAUACGACAUGUGGAGGAUGUUUUGCGUGCGAAAAGUGGUGUCGUGUGCUGGGUACCUUGGGCGAGGGCUUUGGUAGGAAAGAGGAGAAAGAAUCGAGCGGUGGGGUCGAUUCGGGCGUGCUCAAUGAUGGGCAGGAUAUACCCGAGCGACUUGCCGGAGGCCGUCCUUGUCGUGAUGAUCAGGUUCUUCUGCUCCUUCAGCACCUGCGCAAGCACACACACGCAUGUGCAUACCCGCAUUUAUGAGUGUCGAUGCCUCUGCGUGGUAUUCGUGUGGGUGUACCGACCGCGUGGACAGCCUCGAUCUGGUGUGAGAAGAGCUUCUCGAUGCCCUCCUCCGCCAGGGCAGCCUGCACGGGGGGGCUGAAGGCCACCGACAUGUCACCAUACUGCGCCGGGCGGGCGGCAAAAUGCUGAAACGAACUCACACACAGAUUUCAUUGGCGAGUUUGGUUACGUGUUGGUUUCUGCGCGCCUGUCACCUACCUCUAUGUGUGUGAUCUGAGACUUGUAUUCCUUGGUGGACUUGAUGAAGCGGAGGAAGUUGGCCGGCGUGACCUCGGGCUCGUCAAACACGUGCUGCUCCUCCUCCUCCCUCUCUCCCUCCCCCUUGGCUGCUGCCCCAUUGCUCUCGUCUUCUGAUGAGUCCACACGACGUGAGCCUGACGGACGGAGGGACACGCAGACACACAGAGGGAGUGAUGCGUGUGCUCUGGUGCUUUUUGAGGGGCACUGAUGCAAUCAAUCAUUGCAAGCGGGCCUCUCUGCUGAUAAAACGUGAGAGCAUGUGUGUCUGUGUCUGACGGCUGCAGCAACGCAUCCUCUUAUCCAUGAAGUGGUGCGAGAAUGUCCGUCACUGAGUGCUUUCCUGCUCGCCUGCCUCUCCGUCUGCCUCUCACGUGGUGCACUCACGUUUGGCGGCCUUUCGCUUCUUCCGUGGCUGCUUCUUGUCCUCAGAAUCGACGUCCAUGUCGUCGUAUUCACUGACAUCAUCGUCGCCGUCGUCCCCCUGUGCCUUCUUGAGCCGACCUCGGCGCGCCUUGGCCUUGCCCUUGGCCUUGGCCUUGGCUUUCCCUCGCGACCUCCUGGGCGCUGCGCUCGCAGCCGCACUCUCAUCUCUGUUGUUGUCGUCAUCGGCCUCCUCCUCUGCCUUGGUCGGCUGGUCACCGACGAGCCGUGGCGGCCCCUCGCCACUCUGCCGCCUGGCAUCGAUGAGCUGCUUCAGCUUGGCAUGGAAGUUGGCGCGGUGCUCCUUGAUGAGCGACACUUUCUCCGCCACCGAGAGCUUCCUCGGCGCAUCAGAGGAUGACUGCGGUGCGUCAGUCACGAAACGAAAGUCCAGGCAGCCCUCGGACUCACGCAGGGUGAGCACAUCUGCGAAGGAAGAUACGCCACAUAGCUGUUGAGUCGACUGAACGGCGUGUUUGCUUCCUUCUGCUGACCUGGAUAGAUUUCGCUCAGUAGUCUUGCCGUUUCACCGUCGAAGGAUGACUUGAGGCGGGCGAAGUGCCCCUGAAGAACCUGUGUGUGAACAGAGAUCAAUAGAUGUGACGAGAUCUGUGUGUUUGGCUGCUCCGGCAGUGAUGCACCCACCUGCAGGCUGAGGGCAGACGACCGCUCGCACGAGACGACAGCAAGGUUGAGAAGAGACGAGAAUCUGCACACACAUCAUGUCAUGAGAUGGAUGAAUGGCGGGGGAUCAUGCGUGAAAGAGAAUGGUCAAUGUUUCACCUGGCGACGGAUUCUUCUUCGAAUUGACGCCACACAACGUCAUCCAUCCUCAUUCAAUUCGCAAUUCCC